AUGCUUAUCUAUAAAGCAAUAAAGAAGCGCCGCGCUGAGAACCAGUCUGGCUCUGAGACCGUCGUUAAUGCAGAAAAGAACAAGGAGAAGAAACUGUGCUCACAUCGCCAGGGAAGCCAGAAUCAAAACUUGUCCUCGCCGCUGUUAUUGAACGAACCGAAGCAGGCAAAUACUCACCCGGGAGGUAUACCUCUGGAACCCUUGCAGCCGCAAGCCUCCCUCGAGUCAACCGACAUAAAUCAACAAUCCCAAAUACAGACAUCGGGGCCGUGUGAGUUAUGUAAAAAGGAGAAACAUGAUGUCCGUGUCUAUCGAUGGAAGUUGAUUGCGGGUUUACUGCUCCCGUAUUUCCUAGCAUCAGUUGACCUGACCAUUGUUGCUGCCGCAUUGCCGUUUAUUGCAUCUCACUUCAAUAAGCUGGACCAACUCAACUGGAUCGUAACCGCCUUUACCCUUACCUCAACGGCAUUCAUUCCUGCUUUCGGCCAGCUAUCUGAUGUCUUUGGCCGACAUUUCGUUCUGCAGCUGGCAAUGUUUCUCAUGCUCAUCGGCAGUGUUUUAUGCGCCGUUGCCCCGUCAUGGGGCGUUCUACUGCUGGGCAGAGCAUUGCAAGGAACAAGUGCAUCGGGUAUCACAAAUUUGAUCCAAAUCAUACUGGCCGAUAAAGUCAGUUUGAAGGAUAAUGCAAAGAAUAGUACCAUCUUCCAGUUCGUUGCUGGAAUUUCCUACAGUGUAGGGCCCAUUAUUGGCGGGUAUCUAACAAAUUCUAACUGGAGAUACUGUUUUGUUUUGACAAUACCAGUUGCGUUCUUUGCGCAUUUUAUAAUAUAUUUCCUUCUCCGCAAUGAGUUGGUACAAGGAAGCCAUUUCACGAAAGGAUCUCGACGCAGCAGCUUUUUACCUGGCCUGGCCACUAUCGAUAUUGGCGGCACUCUUCUCUUUGUUUUUGGUGUUGGUCUUCUUAUUCUCGGUACCGCUUGGGGAGGUGUUACCUACCCAUGGACUCAUGCAGCUGUCCUUACUCCCCUAGUGAUUGGAUCGAUCCUGUUUAUUUUCUUCUUUGUCUAUGAGUAUCUGCUUGAACCAGGGCGUAUAUUUGGCCGCCUGCUCCCUCAGCAGUCCCCUAUGAUACCCACCGACAUCAUCAGGAAUAGAGAUACCAUAGUCUUGGCCAUUAUUGAAUUUGCAACUGGCGCUGCCAUGUUUUCCGUCUUCUAUUUUAUCUCUAUCUACUUUACGCUUGUUGAGGGCUAUGAAGCUGGGCGUUCCGGCCUUCAGUUACUCUACUAUAUCCCUGGAAUUGGCUUUGGUGUCUACUUUGCCAUGUUCACCUGCAAUGUUUGGCCUGCACAAACAUUCGUCCCUUUAAGUGUCGGCACUGUAAUCGAAACGGUUGGAAUCGCCCUCUUGACCUGGGCAACUACAACUCGCAACAUCCCUGUCGUCAGCGGAAUGAUGGCUGUUGCUGGUGCUGGCACAGGAAUGCGAUUUAUGCCUGCUACGCUACAUGUUUCUGGUAUCUGGCCUGAUAGAAUUGCGCCUGCCAUGUCAGUUAUGAGGUUCAGUCUGCCUUUCGGCGGAACACUUGCUUUGACCAUUAUGGGCAGUGUGUUUAAUAACAAGAUGGCUGAGGUAUUUCGUCAUGGCAGCAGCAGCGGUGGCGUUGACCUACAUAACACCGGCCAAAGUCUGGAGGCAAUUGAUAAAUUACCCCCAGAUGUCCAGGAUUAUGUUCGCAACCUGGCUAAAAAUGCUGUAAUGUGGGCCUUUAUUUCUAUCAUUCCUAUCAUGGCGAUCAGCCUGGUGGCCGUGUUUUUCCUUGGAAACGUCUGGAUCAAGUCCAAAAAGGCUAAGGAGGAAGCUGAGAGGAAAGCUGUGGAGGAUGGAAAGGUCGGCGAAGCUAUUAUUAGCAGCGAGGUCAUUCAGGUACCCUUCCUGUGGGCUCUUAUCACGGGUACUGUUGAAGCCAACAAAUAUAUCAGCACCCCUCUUUCAAAGGCAGAGAAAGAGAAACAAGCUCAUGCCGUGCUUGAGGAGAAGAACAGACUUCGAGCCCUUAAGAAACACAAAGCCGGAGUUGUGGAUCCAGAAAAUGCUUCUCCGUAA